AUGUUCGCACCGUCCAGGGGAUCCAGCGACCAAGAUUCAGACGAGGCGACACAAUCUGUUGCCCUGAUGUCAAAGCGUGUGCGCGACAAAUAUAUCGACAGAUAUAGUCACAUGCACGACAAAAUCCUGGGGCAGUUCAGAAAAUGGGAGUUUACUGCAGUCAAUGUACCCGAAAGCCUCUUCUUCGACCCGGAAGACAUCUCAACCAGCCUUGAAGAGCGUCCGCAAGUAACAAGGGCAGCCGGUUCAACAUCUUGCGAGACGGAAAACGCUCUUGUCGCAGAGCAGAUCCGGCUCCUUCCGGGCCCCAUCCGCCGCGCCCUGAUGGCAAAGAUGGGAAAGUCAAGAGUCACGGCUUUGGCCGAGGCAAACGGCAACACCGCCGAAUUUGUGGCGCGGCUACAUAUUGGCCCUCGAGGUCGCAGUGGCCAGGCAAACGAGAAGUGCCGGUCCAUGAAUAUCCAUCAGAUGCUCAAGGUCAAGAUGGAUGUUGAGUCGAUGGCUCGAAAGGUGGCCGUUUCUAUGGCUCUCCUGCAUUGGGGUGCCAAUGUGGAUGGCCGAGGCGUCAAGUUUGUCCUAGGCGGCUCUUGCGAAAUGGCAAGCGGGCCAGAGGACUCUACGGCCCUCGGGUUGAAUACCGUGAGCUCAGGAUCAUCAACUUCACCAAACUCAAGAGCCUCGUCGGCCGCUCUCGAGGAGGCUACUCGGCGCACCACCAAGCUGUGGCUCAUCGACUUCCACCACGUCCGGCCCAUAACCAUGGACGACAAAGGCCUGGACAGGGCCGUUAAAGCAAUGUGGUACAACGGCCUUUACUUUCCCAUGCCGUUACAGCGCCAGGAGAUCCAGAAGAAGGCGUGGAACGCGUUCGUUACGAGCUACGUCGCGGCAUCUAAGAUGAUCUUGAGAGAGAACGACAGCGAAGAGCUUUUCAACUUGCCACGUGAGCUCAUAUGUCGGCUGAUCGAAAUCGAAAAGUAG